GUCCUUUACGCCAGAAGAUACCCCGCCCCUCUUCAUCCAAAAUGUCUCUCGCCAACAAGCUCUCCAUUACCGACGUCGAUCUCAAGGACAAGCGCGUCCUGAUUCGGGUCGACUUCAACGUCCCCCUCGAUGCCGAAAAGAAGAUCACCAACAACCAGCGCAUUGUCGGUGCUCUUCCCACCAUCAAGUACGCCAUCGAGAAUGGCGCCAAGGCCGUCAUCCUCAUGUCCCACCUGGGCCGCCCCGAUGGCAAGGUGAACGAGAAGUACAGCCUCAAGCCCGUCGUCCCCGAGCUGGAGAAGUUGCUGGGCAAGUCGGUCAUUUUCGCCCCCGAUUGCGUCGGCCCGGAGGUUGAGGAGAUCGUCAACAAGGCCGAGGGCGGCCAGGUCGUCCUGCUGGAGAACCUGCGCUUCCACGCCGAGGAGGAGGGUUCCUCCAAGGAUAAGGAUGGCAACAAGGUCAAGGCCGACAAGGCCAAGGUCGAGGACUUCCGCAAGGGUCUGACCGCUCUCGGCGACAUCUACGUCAACGAUGCUUUCGGCACUGCGCACCGCGCCCACUCGUCCAUGGUCGGUGUCGAGUUGCCGCAGAAGGCGGCCGGUUUCCUCAUGAAGAAGGAGCUCGACUACUUUGCCAAGGCUCUCGAGAACCCCCAGCGUCCUUUCCUGGCCAUCCUGGGCGGCGCCAAGGUCUCGGACAAGAUCCAGCUCAUCGACAACCUCCUCGACAAGGUCAACACGCUCAUCAUCUGCGGCGGCAUGUCCUUCACAUUCAAGAAGACGCUCUAUGGCGUCUCCAUCGGCGACUCGCUCUUCGAUGAGAACGGCGCCAAGACGGUCGGCAAGCUGAUGGAGAAGGCCAAGGCCAACAACGUCAAGGUGGUCCUGCCCGUGGACUACAUCACGGCCGACAAGUUCGACAAGGACGCCAAGACGAGCUUCGCCACGGACGAGUCGGGCAUCCCCGACGGCUGGAUGGGCCUCGACUGCGGAGCCAAGAGCAUCGAGCUCUACAAGGAGGCCAUCCAGGAGGCCAAGACCAUCCUGUGGAACGGCCCGGCCGGCGUCUUCGAGUUUGACAAGUUCGCCAACGGCACCAAGGCCACGCUUGACGCCGCCGUGGCGGCUUCGGAGGAGGGCAAGAUUGUCAUCAUUGGUGGCGGUGACACGGCCACCGUUGCCGCCAAGUACGGUGUCGAGGAUAAGCUCAGCCACGUCUCCACCGGCGGCGGCGCUUCCCUGGAGCUUCUCGAGGGCAAGGCCCUGCCCGGUGUUGUCGCCCUGUCGAGUAAGUAAACAAUUUGGACCUCCUUAGGUGGUAGUCAUGAUCGUGGCCGGGGUCUGAUGAACGAGGGUUCUUCCGCCGACUGUGGAAAAAGAUCGAACCAGACGAAUGGAUGAGACGAGGCCUAGCCUUUGAUGAGAUGGCUUUUCUCCGGCAAACAGUCCGGAUCCUUAAAAUAACGUCACGUAGCUGAAUAAGAUAAUGAAAAGCAAAAAAGAGAGAGAAGAAAAAGGAAGAAAGCCUUGACCAUCACUUCAAGUAGAACAGCACAAACCAGAACUCAUGACUCGUGGGUCUUUACGAGUUAGGUGUUGUAUGUAUGUUUGCCAUUGCAAUAAAGGACAUUGAAUUUCCCUAU